AACAAAUGACUGUGAAUGAAAAGCCCUAUAGGAAACGUACAACACAAAAAUUCCUACCUCACACUAUUAACUGCUAAAAUCAACUCGAAUCAACUUAAUCUUUCAUUAAAAAAAGAAGAAUUAUUAGAAAUAGUGGGAGUGUCUACUAAACUCAUAAAAUUUUGUGAAGUUUAUUUCUACAAAAUAUUUUUAUUUUGUACAAUAAAUAAUUUUCUCAUUUGCUAUCAAUACAUUAUAAUGGUUUAAAUAAAUAAAUAUUGAUUGGCGUAAGGUUUAUGUAUUUUUAUGUCUGUUUACUAUUAAUAAUAUUGGAUAUGAGCAGGUGCGUUGGUUUUGUAGUAAUUUCCAGUCACUUCUGACAACUGAAUUUUUCAAAAAAGAAAUUACUAACGUCAGUGUCAAAAAAAAUCUCGCGAGAGCGAAUGUAGGAUAUCCGUUUCCGUUAUCCGUAGGUAACUCAAAUAGUUUUUUUAUAGAGUUUAUAUGGUGAUUUCGCUAUUUCUUUUUCGGUGUCAAAUUCCGUAUUUGUUCAAUAAGUAAAAUCAAGUGUAAUAAAAUGGAAGUAAAGCAAGAAUUUAGUGAGGAGACUUGUAAAGUAGAAAUAGAGUAUAAUGACUUAGAAGAUGCUCUUGUAGAUGGCUUUAAAUGUGAAAUUCAGAAGGAAACCAAUAGACAAAGUACAAAUACUGAAAUACAUCAAGAUAGAAAUAAUUUAUUUGAAACACAAUUGAGGGUGCCCACUACAAAAAAACCUCAUAAGUGUGAAAUUUGUUUUAAGCAGUUUAGCCAAACAAGUUCUUUGAACACACACAUGAGAUUGCACACUGGAGAAAAACCUUACAAGUGUGAAGUUUGUUUUGAGCGGUUUAGUUUACCAGGUAGCUUGAAAACACAUUUAAGAGCGCACACUGGAGCAAAACCUUAUAAGUGUGAAAUUUGUUUUAAGCAGUUUAUUGAAGCAGGUAAUUUAACUAUACAUUUAAGAGUACACACUGGAGAAAAACCUUAUAAGUGUGAAAUUUGUUUUAAGUCGUUUAGUCAACCAAGUAGUGUGAAAACACAUUUGAGAGUGCAUACUGGCGAAAAACCUUACAAGUGUGAAAUUUGUUGUAAACCGUUUAGGACACCAACUAGUUUGAAAUCACAUUUGAAAGUGCACACUGGAGAAAAACCUUACAAGUGUGAAAUUUGUUUAAAGGAAUUUACUGAAUCAGGAGGUUUGAAAGCACAUUUAAGAGUGCACACUAGUGAAAAACCUUACGCCUGUGAAAUUUGUUUUAAGCAGUUUACAUGGAAAGGUAGUUUGAAACCACAUUUAAAAGUUCACACUGGAGAAAAACCUCACAAAUGUGAAAUUUGCUUAAAGAAAUUUACUUCAGGAAGUAAUUUGAAAAAACAUUUAAGGUCACAUACUGGAGAAAAAACUUGUAAGUUUUAAGAUGUUUAAUCGACCAAAUAGUUUGAAAACAUAUUUGAUAGUGCACACUGAAGAAACCUGACUUUCCCACUGCUGCCGAGUAGAAAGAGAUGCCUACCCCAAAUAUCUACAAACGUUUUUCUCUGUCAUACUUAGUCACCAUAGUUUUAGAUUGUAGAGUAAAAUCUAGUAUUACUUGCCUGCAAAAGUAAAAUAGUAUAUAUGAAGACCACAGGAAAAUAACUUGAUAUGUCACAUUUUUGGUUUUGUUCAGGAGAACAUUUUAAAGUUAACAUUAAAAAUAUGAUUAUGAUUUUAAAACAUUGAAAUACAUUAUACAAUUAUUAAUUACCAAUAAAAAGAAAAAAAUUGAUAUAUUGGUGGUUGUUUACACUUCAGUUUUUUAAAUAUAUAUUGCAUAUUAAUUACAUGGACUUAUCAACGUUUUUCCCUGUUUGGAAUGGAUAUGUCAAGUUCUUUUCCUGUACAGGGUUUUUUUAAACACUUAUAUCUUUUCACUUAUCAAGUUAUUACUCUGUAUUGUGUUACUCUUAGAAACUAUGUAAUUAAAGCUACAAAUUGGUAUUAAAAACGACAAAUGUCAAUAAUUGGACUUAUCAAGUUCUUUCCCUGUGGUCUUCAUAUGUGGAAAAAAUGAGUUUUGAUAUAAAUGACUUUUUGUUCAUUUACUGUGCCAUUUUGUCAUUUAUAAAGUUAGACAAAUGAAAUUUGGAAUAUAAUUUGGCUUGUAAAGUGGCAUAUCGUCGGUGAUGUGACAAUACCUCCUAUCUGCCUUUUCAUAAAUUUUGUGAGAGAGAUUUCAAACUUUUUUUAGGGUCAUUUCCUGUUUUCAUAUGUAAGUUUUAACUUGUUUUGUAGUAAAUAGAUAGUUAAAUUUACUAUAAAACAAGUCAAAAAAUAUAUGAAAACAGGAGGUGACCCUAAAAAAAGUUUGAAUUCUCUCUUACAAAAUUCGUGAAAAAGCAGAUAGGAGUUGUCAAAUCACUGACGAUAUACUGGUUUACCUUAGUUACUGUUAAAUCAAAAGAGUAUAUACCGUCUGGGGAGAUAAAAAUUUCCAUUGGUCAUCCUACUGUAUAACAGCAUAUCGACAGUCUCAUUCUAAUACCCUGUAUCUGCAAAAAGAAGUUAGUAUUAGAUGACCUGUUUGGUAUGUUUGAGUAGUAUUAGAUGACCUGUUUGGUAUUAGAGGUUCCUAGAAUUUUUUGUUUAGAUCAGGGUUUUGUGUAUCGAUGGAUAACUGUUUUGUUAAUCAUUUGCCACAAAAAUCGGAAAUUCAGUUUUUUUUUGCAGAUACGGGGUAUUAGAAUGAGACCAUUGAUAUACCACAUAUUAUUGUGUUUUACCAUUAGAGUUUAAAAAACAGAUAUAACAUAAUAAUUCUGCCUUUGUAGAGUUUGUCGAAUAUACUGUUUAACCAUAGGAGAGAUGCAAGUACACAUACUCAUGUUACUUUUACCAAUGUCAUAUUUUCAAAACUAAAUAAAAUAGAAAUAAACUAAAAAUAGCAUAAGAAAGAGCCGAAAAAAUAACCCAGUUUCGGUGGCAACAAAAAUCAAUUUUUUUCACAUAUACUAUUUUCCCUUUGCAGGCAAGAUUAUAUCGAUACAUUUUUGGCAAAGUAACGUAAGUGACAUAUUUGGCGAAAAUCAUGUUUUUCCAUUAAACUAAGUAAAGCUAUUAUUGUUUCGGUUCUCAAACUGUGGUACAUGUACCACUGGUGGUACAUAUCAUUAUUUGAGGUGGUACACAAAACGCAAGAACAGCCAAAAUCAGCACCACUAUUAUAGUUAAUUAGAUCACCUAGCUAAAUAGGUAUUUCAGUUAGGUGGUACCAAAAAUAAUAAAAAAAAUAUUUGGUGGUACAUGACUCAAAAAGAUUGAGAACCGCUGGUUUAGAAGGUAUUGCCAAAGUGUAGUAAGCCUAGAAUUACUUUAAACAUAUUGUAUAGGCAUAUUACACUUUGGCAGUAUCUUCUAAACAAUAAUAGCGUUAGUUUAAUGGAAAAACAUGAUUUGCCAAAAAUGGCACCUAAGUUACUUUGCCAAAAAUGUAUCGAUAUGUCUAUACUUAUAAAUGUGUUUGUUUUAAGAAGUUUAGUGAAGCCGGUGAUUUAAAAAGACUACAGUCACAGAAUAAAUAACCACUCAGAAGCGAAACUCCUGCCGAAAACGGUAACAUAAUUUUCAUGCUCAUGUGUCAACGUAACUGGUGCAACCUCACUUUUGCUACUGACGUGACAGUUGUUUAUAGUCAAAUUAUAUUUAUGUAUGUUUUGUUUUAUAUUUUAUAGUUAAAUUUUAUAUUUCAUAUUUAAUUAAUAACUACUUGUCAAAAAUAUUACCUAAUUUGGAAUGGUCUAUUCCUUAGAACAUCAAGUUCUAUUCUGUAACUGGUGCACAAGGUCAAAUAUUUCGGUCCCAACAAAAUCAAUGGAAACGACAGUCAGAUUCGCUUCUGUGCGGUUAUUUAUUCUGUGCUACAGUGAUUCUGAUUCUGGUGAACUUGUCCUACAAGUCAAGUCUCACUUGUAAUGCAAGUUCACAUGACACGUGCUUUAAGUGUGUUUACAACUAAGUAUAAUACAGUUUAUCCCAAACUCUUCUUUCAGUGUGUCAUUAAUUUUGACUUCCUAUAUGAUUUUCAGAAUAUAGUGAAUCACUGCAUGACAUUUUAGUUAUGUAAAUGAAAAGGUAAUAUUAAUAUUUAUAUAAAUAUUUGCCAGAAUAUUAAUAUUUAAAAUAUUUUAAUGAAAACAUAAAUAAAUAUAGAAUAAAAUUUCACUAUAGAAUGUCUGAAUAUGUCAAUGACAUAAAAUAUUUAUAUUUACUUUGUUGACAAAUACUAACCUAGAAUUAUAAUUGUUUUACCUGUUAACAUUGUGAAAGUACUGUCACAAUAGAUUACUUUUGUUUCAAAUUAUCUUUAUUCGCAUCAUGGAUUGGAUGUCUAUUUAGAGUUUAGAGUAUUGUAAUUGUUAACCAAUAUAUCUUUAGUCGCUUUAAUAUGGAAAUACUCUUCAACGAAUACAUAAUUUUCAAAGUUCUAUUUAUAAUAAUCAUUGACAUACGUUUUUUUCUGUCACUUCGAGCUUAAGGUGAUACAGUAGCGAUCAACAGGUAGCCAAAACGCGUUCCAAGAUUGCGGCUGUAAUUUUGAAUAUUUUUUCGAGAUAUUUGGCACACGUAUUCGUAAUAUAAUAAAGAAUGGCGGUACAGAGCCCAAUUUGAAAAAUAUAUUAAUAUGUGGAAAUUACUCUGUAAUUAAAUACAAUAUUAAAAAAACGAGCCUGUACCGACAUUAAGAAGAACAAAAAAAUACACUUUCUUCAAAUAAACUUUUUUAUCCGAUGC